AUGGCUGCUCAAGCCCCACCCACCGGUGAGCCCGCUGCGGAAGGUGGUUCCACCAAAGCCACCGCGGCUAUAGGUAAAUCCACCAACGGCGACGCGGCCGAUGACAGCGAGGGAUCCGAGGAUGAGGCCGACGAAGCCACGGGUGUGAAUGGGGGUGCCGGCGGAGAGGGCGCCGGCGGAGAGGGCGCCGCUGCGGCCGCCAAGAAGAAGAAGAAGAACAAGAAGAAGAAGAAGAAGUCGGCCAAGCCGACCAAGCAGUCGGACCCGCCGCGGGUUCUCAUGUCGACGCUCUUCCCCUCGGGCGCCUACCCCAAGGGCGAGGAGGUGCCGUACGUCAACGACAACGCCUACCGCACGACCGACGAGGAGAAGCGCCACCUGGACAGCCUGCGGUCGGACUACCUCAAGGACUACCGUCACGCGGCCGAGACGCACCGGCAGGUGCGUCAGUGGGCGCAGAAGAACAUCAAGCCGGGGCAGUCUCUCACGGAGAUUGCCAACGGCAUCGAGGACAGCGUGCGGGCCCUGGUGGGCCACCAGGGCCUGGAGGAGGGCGACGCGAUGGUGGCCGGCAUGGGUUUCCCGACGGGGCUGAACCUAGACCACAUUGCGGCGCACUACUCGCCCAACGCGGGCAACAAGACGAUCCUGCAGCAGAGCAAUGUCAUGAAGGUGGACAUUGGCGUGCACGUCAACGGCUACAUUGUGGAUAGCGCGUUCACGAUGGCCUUUGAUCCCAAGUACGACAACCUGCUGGAGGCGGUGCGCGAGGCGACCAACACGGGCGUGCGCGAGGCGGGCAUCGACGUGCGCCUGGGCGAGAUUGGCGCGGCCAUCCAGGAGACGAUGGAGUCGUACGAGAUUGAGCUCGACGGCACCACGUACCCGAUCAAGUCGAUCCGCAACCUCAACGGGCACACGAUUGAGCACUACAGCAUCCACGGCACCAAGAGCGUGCCGAUUGUCAAGACGAAUGACACGACGAAAAUGGAAGAGGGCGAGGUGUAUGCCAUUGAAACAUUUGGCAGCACGGGCAACGGCUACGUGCGCGACGAGGGCGAGGUGUCGCACUACGCCAAGCGGUCGGACGCGCCCAACGUGCCGCUGCGCAUCCAGUCGGCCAAGACGGUGCUCAACGUCAUCAACAAGAACUUUGGCACCCUGCCGUUCUGUCGCCGGUACAUUGACCGCCUGGGUCACGACAAGUACCUCCUGGGGUUGAACAACCUCGUCAGCAACGGCGUGGUCGAGGCCUACCCGCCCCUGGUUGAUAAGAAGGGCUCGUACACUGCCCAGUUCGAGCAUACCAUUCUUCUCCGUCACAAUGUGAAGGAGGUCAUCAGCCGCGGCGAUGACUACUAA